AUAAAGUCAACAAGCAUGUCCCUGGCAUCUGACUUCGAGAGGCUACUCAAGAUGAGACUGCUCGUGGUGUUCCUCCUGAUGGCUUUGAUUGUUCUCCCCACGGAAGGACUAUUCCGUCGUCGUCGUCGUCGCAGAUGGCUCCGUAUCAGAGGCAGCAAGGUUCUGAAAGGAAUUGGCAUUGCUGCCAAACUGGGACUGUUAGGAAAGAGAGAUGUGCAAGAUGACCUUGCCUCUGCUGAUCUGAAUGAGGAUGGCAACAUUGACCAAUCAGAAGCUGAGAAUCUAUUCGACAAACGAGAUGCGGAACAAAUCCUAAACUUGGUUGACAUAGAUGGUGACUCAGUUGUCAGUCAUGAUGAGUUCAUCCGAGGAAUGGAAGACCUUUUCUCACAGGGUGACGAGUAGAUGCUUUCAACACUAGUGCUACAAGUGAUAUAAUAUUUCAGUGUUUCUAUCCGAUGCCUGAAAAUAAAUUAUUGCAGAACAAA